GUCAAGGUGAUAAUCACAGACAAAUUUACCUCAUUCUUGUACCAUUUACGUGGUAGUGCUUUAGUAGGUCUGGUAUUCACUUAAUGAAUAGUUUAUUUUUAUUUUCAACUGUGAAAGAGAUAUAUAUCCACGCUAUUGGUGACAAGAUUGAUCAAGGUUCUUCUAAUUUAAAAAUAUCACAAACGGAAUGAAAUUAUAAUCUCAAAUUUACCUUGUAUAAUAGUUUAUUGUGCGUACCCAAAAUGCUAAUUACGACAGAUUUAAGUUUUCAUUGCUAUGAGUGUGCUGACGGUAAGUGCGAAAUACCAGACGAAAAAUUGUCAGUUUGCAAGACUAUAAUUGGCUGCUUCAAAUCCUCCGUUAAAGAACUCGGGGGCAUCGGACAAUCUUCUCGCGGAUGCAUCUUAACACCAGAGCAAGAUCGAGAUAUUUGUAGCAAUGUAUUACAGGCGAAAGGCAUCGGUUAUCGUUAUAAGUGCUGUGAAGAAGAAUUAUGCAACAGCAGUGAUUUUCUAGUACCAGACAAUUCUGAAAAUUAUGGGGAUAUAGCUUCUUACUAUCUGGCAAUAAUAAUCUUGGGAACAAUAGUAAUCAUCAUGGGCAUGGGUAUCGCAAUAGCCACAAUUUACUAUUACAAAUGUAGAGACAGACCCUUGUUAAACAGAGUUACAGUGCAACAAAGACAACCGGAAGUGAUAUCAUUAGAUGUAAUCGCAAAUGCAAAAAACGGCACUGCCACACCGAUCUAGAGACUAAAAUCGCUUGUCACUUAUAGCACUGAUCAGAAACGCUUCAAUGAUUAUAGUUUAUGGAACGGUUUGGGCUCAGGUAAUCAAAGCACGUACCUUUACAAAGCAUACAUCAUUCGUUAUUCGUCACUUUUAUCAAUCUGAUGAACCAACUGUAAGCUUUCGGCUUUCAUGAUCAAAUUUGGAACUUAAAUAUUUUCCAACAAACUGACGUAACUUGAGCCUAAUAUUCUGGAAGAUAUGUCGCAACAGAGAUUAAAAGGAUUGUAUUAUUUUUAAUAUCCGAUCCCAUAUACAUCAAAGGCCGCAGGAUAUGACUGUCGUUCAAGUGGUUAGCCAAUGACGAACAAGAACUGACAAUUACCAAAAAGAUACGAAAAUUGAUUACUGAUAAAUAAUUGAACGCAAUAGAGCAUUGGCCAAUUCGACAAGUUAAGAAGCGACGCUUUAGACGCUUGCAAAAAAUGAAUUAUUUAAUCUAUUUUGACGAUAAUUUCAUUGUUAAAUAACUCUUACGAUGUGUAGUUUCUAAAUAAAGUAAACAGUGUGAUCAAAACAAUAAUUUUGAUUAUCGUACUAAUAAUACAAAUGAUAAGAAACAGAAAAUAAA